UUCCCCAAAAUAUAUUUAUUUAUAUAAGGGCAUUACUAUACAAGAAUGCCUAGAUAUAUAAUUCCCAAAUUUAUUUUCCUUUAUAGAAGCGAUUUCUUAUUUAUAUAUACAUUGUCUCCAUUUUGCUGGGGUUUCAUUCACAAUCCCAUAGCUCAAAAUAUAGUUUUCUCCUCCUAAAUGACUGACCAACAGACUGUAGUUUUCAGGGUUCAACUGUAAUAAGUAGAGUAAUGUCCCAAACCAAGAGACACAACACAAUGGCUGUUGUUAGGUUUAUUAGCGUCAGGAAGAAAAUUCAGCAAUAAAUAAUACUUUAGAUAAACUGAAGUUUCCAAUAUUUAUGUCAUUUUUAUGCGAGAUUUUAGAAAUACAAUCUUCUUUAUAUUGUUGCUUACUUCGUUUUAUAAGUUUAAAAAAAAAACUAUUUUACUUCCUCUUUUAUCAUCUUUUAUUUAAAAGACAUGGAUGUAGAUGCAAUUAUGGAGAAAAUUAAGCAGGGAGACAUUGGAUAUGUGAAGAAUUUCAUCAGAAGCCAUCCAGAUAGUAUUAACGAAACUUUUCUAUGGGGACGAACUCCUUUAAUGUGUGCAAGUGAAAAUGGCAAGACAAGCAUUAUGAAAUUAUUUUUCGAGGCUGAUGUUGAUGUGAAUAUGAGAGACAACUUUUGUGAGACCGCUUUACAUUUUGCUGUGUUUGGGAAACAACCUGAAGCUGUGACAACUUUGUUAAAAGAAGCGACCAUUCAGGUGAAUCCACAAGCUGACAAUGGUCAGACACCUCUACACUGGGCCUGUUCCAAUGGAAACACAGACAUAGUGUGUCUAUUAUUGAACCACAUUGGCAUCAAUCCCAAUGUGGUGGACAAAAAUGGAGACACUCCUCUACAUUGGGCAGUUAGAGAGUAAGUCCCCAUUGGAUCUGGAAUAUCCAAAUCUGUUUCUUUUGUUUUUUCAAUAAUGUUUGUUUCCUUUUCAUUGAGUCCUUCAUGUCAUAAUCCCACCAUGGGGUCAUUGUCUUUCUUCUCUUUUUCACACUGAGAUGACACUGUAAUCUGCUUCAUUAAUUAAUCAUCACCAUAAUUGUUAUUGUUGUUGCCUAACUGGACUCUUUACUUCAUCUCAUCUUCCAUUACCUCAACGUUACAGGUUGAAAUCCUCUCGCUUCUUCUUUUCAUCCCAUCUAUAACUACUCUCUCUCUCUCUCUCCCUCUCUCUCUCUCUCUCUAUCUCUCUCUCCAUCUCUCUCUC